UUGGCACCACAAAACAGUUCCACGGUACAGCCAAAUUCAACUGAACGACCCACAACAAUGGCACCAGAAAGUACUUCCAAUUUACAGCCAAAUGCAACUUUAGCACCGACAACCUUGGCACCACAAAAUAAGUCCUCUGUACAACCAAAUGCAACUGUGGCACCCGCAACUCUGGCACCACAAAACAGCUCUACUCCACAACCAAUAACAAAUGCACCUCGAAAUAUUUCAACUCAACAGCCAACAGUUAUUACAUUGGCACCCUCAAAUACAGCAACUAUACGAGUUGUCUUUUUGAGAAAAAACCUUCAGUUUGACUUUAAUCUUCUAAACAGCUCCUCUGCAACUUAUCAAAGUUUUGAGACUUUCAUCAAGUCUCAGUUUCUGUCCCAUCUUAGCUCAAAGGGUGUCACAGAAGUGAAAGUUCUAUUCGUGAGACCAGGAAGUGUGGAAGUAACUUCGGCCUUAACUGUACCCAAUCAAAAUGACAUAGCAGGCGUUCAACAAGCAUUGGGCAUCUAUAACAAAUCGGGAAUUAUAGGGAACAUGUCUUGGAUUGGUCGUUACUGGGGACCUGAAGACGAGUCCUGUCAGCCUCCAGUUAUCAGUAUACUGAAUCUCGCCGAAUGGGGUGAAAAGCAGUCCAGUGUUUCCAUCUUUCGUUCAAAAGAUUUCAUUGUACAAACUCUCGUGUCAAAACCCAACUGUAACUCUUCACAGACGCUUUUGUUUAAAUGGUAUUUGGUCAAAUAUAGCGAGAAUGCGGGCGGCAACACUAUCAUAGAAAGAAGAACCCUACUGGACACAAAGAGCAACGAAUGGAAUUUGCCGAAACGACAGCUUGAUUACGGCCGAUAUUUUGUGGAUUUCAGAGUGGCUAUUGCAAGUACCCCCCUGGUAACGAGUAGCGCUCUUGGAUUUUUCAUGAUCACGAAAUCUCCACUAAUAGCCGACAUAUUGGGAGGUAACAAAGUAACACGAGGAAAAGGCAGUGUGAUUACCUUAGACGGUUCGGCCUCUAGUGAUCCUGAUGUGGGGCCCGGUAACCACUCUUCGAUGCAGUUUACGUGGUUGUGCAAGAAACAGCAAGAGCACUUUCCUGGUGGCUCUUUAUCUUCACUUCCGGUUGUUACCCUGUUGUCGGGUCCAGGAAGAGGCGGUUGUUUUGGGACAGGUGUUGGAAAACUAAACUCUAGUGCAAAAGUAGUGCAAUUAGACACAAGCCAAAUGGUUGUGGGUGAAUCUUAUGACGUUAAACUUGUUGUGAAAAAGGACGACAGAGAAGACGACUUCGUGCAAGAAAUUGAGAUUGUCAGCGGUAAUCCACCAGAAGUGACCAUGAGAUGUCUUAUCAACUGUGACAAGAUCGCGAGUGUCUCAACACGGAUCAGUGUCACAACCACCUGCACCGGGCUGGCAUGUAAAGCGGCAAAAUAUCAAUGGCAGCUUUUAACUGUUAACUCGAUCGGCGACGAGCUCACCGAAAUAUCUCUGACUCGAGACAUGACAGAAACGGCCCUGGACCUUCCUGGUAUAAUCAUCAAAGGAAACCAGCUCGCUCCACUUGACCCAGAUUUGUUUUAUCGAUUGAAAGUUAGCGUCUCACAAGAUGUCGGACCAUCAGGAAAUGCAGCUUACCAAUUCAGAAUGAACGCUUCACCCAGGCAUGGACGCUGCACUGUGACACCCACUAAUGGAGAGGCUUUGAAAACAGAGUUCGUCUUCAUAUGUGAAGAUUGGAAAGACUCAGACACACCGCUGACUUAUGAGUUUCAUUACAAAACUGACAAUGGCUUGUACACCGUGGUUUCGUACGGAUCUGAGGAUCACGUGACCACAGUACUUCCCCCAGGAAAGAAAGAGGACGACUAUGAAAUCGCCUUCGAGAUAACGGUGUCUGACAGCUUGUCGGCAGCCAAUAACAGUUGCCUCAAAAUAAAGGUCACUCCUACCCCUAACGAGGAUACCAGCGACUUGACAGAACUCACAGUCGGUAACAACAGUCAGUUUAACCAACUCGUGCAAUCUGGGGAUGUCAGAGGUGCGACACAGCUCGCGAAUGCAGUGCUUCAGACCGCAAACCAGUUAAAUUCAACUGCUACUCGGGAUAAGAUAGCGAUCAAAGAUUCCGUUGUAAAGAGUGUUUCCGAUAUAGAAGUACGUAAUUUACAAUCCUUAACUCAAGUGACGUCAGUGAUAGCACGAGCAACACUGGAACCCAGUGAAGUGACAUUUGACACACAGAACCUUGCUCUUCAAACUCUUACAUCUAUGACGUCACUUCUACAAAGCAAGACGAAAGAAGAUUAUGCUUCUGAAUCCGUCCUAGUUGAGCAAGGCGGAGAGAACCUGGUACUGAGUCUCGGUAACCUCCUGAACUCUGCUGCGGAGAAAGCGAGUGUGAUUAGUAAGACAAAGGAAACUGUGGAAAAACGAACUAAGAGCGAGAACAUAUCCAGAGAUACUGAAAAACUCAUCGACGACGUUGGUACAGCUCUGUUAUCCAAAAUGAUGGUGGAUCAAGACCCUCGUCUUGUUCAUACAAAGUCUAUGAACAUGGAGCUUAACAGACUGAGCCGCCGCUCUCUGGACUCCAACACCAACUUCACAAAAGAUGAUUUAGCAGGUUUUAGAUUCCCCUUUAGCGCCAUAACUGAUGACAAAGCAAAAAAUGCGAAGUUCAUUGACAGUGUGAUGACUACGAACAGCUUCAAUCCUUUCACAUGGGACAGCAGCUCCGCCCUUGUGAAGUCUCAUGUCCUGAGCUUGAACAUCAAAGAUCAUGAAGGAAAACCGUUAACAGUCAAAGAUAGCAAGGAGAAUAUAGAGAUUAAGAUUCCACGUGAAGUAAAAAUACCGCCGGAGGAGAGCGUGUCUUACUUUGUUAAACCCAGCACUGAAGGAAAGAUGCAAUACCAUGAAAUGGACUUGCCGCGCACGGAGGGUAACGCUGUAAGACUUAGAAUCAAGCCAAAUGGAACCACCGUGUUAAGAGUAUUUGUGCGAUAUGGUCAGCGGCCAACUGUCACAGAAUAUGACGCAACUAAGAAAAUCCCGGAUGAGUCGUGCUCUCUGACGUCCCAGAAUUCCCAUGGUAAUUGCAACGGAGAAGCUUACGAUAUGGUCCUGUUAAACGAGGUGAUAAGCAGACCGGGUCCCUACUUUAUUGGAAUCCUUUACGAAGAAAAUAACGAAGGACCCCAGAGGCGCAAGAAACGAUCUUGUUUUGGACAGGGUCGACAGAGGAGAUCAUGCGUGGAGUUCAAGGAUCCUCCAAAACCAGAGAACAUAACGGUGAAGCCAGUGUUUGACUCAAGGACAGACAGGAAUUACACGAUGAGCAUCCAAGAAGAAGCAUGCCUGUUUUGGGACAGCAGUGAAGAGCGCUGGCUAUCAAGAGGAUGUAGAGUUGGACUAAGAUCUGAUUUAGCUUCCCUGCAUUGCCUGUGUAACCACCUGACAUCAUUUGGCGGAGGAGUCCUGGUGAUGCCGAACACGCUGGACUUCGAUGUCGUGUUCAAGGAGUUUAAGCGACUGGGCGAAACUGGCAAUGUGGCCGUCCUUAGCGCUAUAAUAGUUGCGCUGUUGUUGUAUUUACUGGUGGUGAUAUUUGGAAGGAGAGCAGACAAACGAGAUAAAGCGAAGACCGGUCCAGCUUUUCAUAUACCGCUAUCUGAAGAGACAAGUUUCGAGUACGAACUGACAGUGGUGACAGGGGUGUGGAGGGGCUCUGGGACGGAUGCCAAUGUCGUCAUCGUCAUUCACGGAAGCGAGGCAGAAAGUCAACCCAUAAUACUCAACAAGAACAUGAUCACCUCAAGAACAGUCCUGGCACGUGGAAACGAAGAUGCGUUCGUGAUUCACCUGCCCAUGUCACUGGGCGAAGUCCAGUACAUACAUGUCAGACACGAUAAUUCAGGGAAAAAUCCUUCGUGGUAUUUCAGCCAUGCAACCAUUAGCGAUCGUCAAAUUGGGAAAACAUGGACAUUUCUGAGUAAUACUUGGUUUGCAUUGGAAAAAGGCGACGGGAAAAUAGACAGACUUCUAUUUCCUAUUUCAUCUCUGGAAACGAAAACGUUGAAAUAUUCGCUGAAUUCUAAAGGCUCUAAGAGCUUUUCCGAAGGCCACCUGUGGCUCUCUGUUGUUACUAAACCGCCUUGGAGUAAAUUCACCCGAGUACAAAGAGCCACUUGUUGUCUUAGUUUAUUGAUGUCCGCCAUGUUGGCUAAUGCCCUGUUUUACAGGACAGACAAGGUAGCCGAUCCUACCAUUCAGAUUGGCCCGUUGAAGUUCAGUUGGAGGCAAAUCGUGGUUGGAAUAGAGAGUGCCUUGAUAGUGACUCCAAUAAACUUGCUGAUCAUGGCCUUAUUCAAGAAUAGUUCUGAAAAACCUUCAAGUAAAGUCGACGCGAGAGAGAGAGAAAAUAAUCCUGCUUGUUUGCAACGUAAAAGCACGCAUUCUCGUUUAAGCUGCGCGGAGAAUGAUAACGAAGUUGUUGAAGCAUCAAACGAAAAGAGCUCGAUCUGGACGAGAACGCUUCGACGACUGCGCGCCGGAACCAAAAAGGACGUCAUGUUACCCCACUAUUGUGUAUACAUUGCCUGGUUUCUCAGCUUUGCUACGGUUUCUGUUUCCGCAACAUUUACAUUUUUCUUCAGUUUGCAGUGGGGAAAAGAAAUCUCCAACCAAUGGCUAUCCUCCAUGCUGGUGUCCUUUACAGAGGACCUGUUUGUUCUACAACCGAUCAAGAUAGUCCUUUUAAUUGUUCUAACGGCGUGUUUCUUUAGCAAAAAUGAUUCUAAAGUCGUUAAUCAUCACUUGAAGACUGAACAACAAAUACCUUUCGAAAACAAAGAAGCUAACCAUGCUGCGAGUGUCGAAGUUGAGAUCCUAAAUGAAGACGAAUUAAACAACGCAAGGGAAUACCGCGUGAAAGAGGCAAAGAUGUACUCCUUUGGCAGAGAGCUGGUUGGCUAUCUUCUGUUUCUCACAUUAUUGACGAUUGUAUGCUACGGUAAUAGAAGUUAUCAUGGAUAUCUCAUGACCAAGAAUAUUAAAGAUACCUUCAGCAACUUUUCUUUGGCAAAAGAUCCAAGGUAUUUUUGGAAGUGGCUGGAUGGUCAGUUUGUGAAUGGUAUUUACGCUACGGAGUGGUAUAACAAAGAGAAAGUAAAAGAACAAGAAUACAUCGAUAACAAAAUGUCCAUUCUCCUCGGAAUGCCUCGCUUGAGACAACUAAGAAUUCAGAGAAAUUCUUGUAUUGUCCCAGAAGAGGCUCAAAACGUAAUAAAACACUGUAAUGACUUCUACAGCUUCGAUGAAGAGGACAGAACACAUUUAAACCUUCCAGGCUGGCAGCCAUUCACGGGCUCCGAUGAAUGGGCCAAUGUUUCUGACCUAUGCCCGGCACCAUGGCGAUACGCGCCAAGUGAGAGUCUCCAGGAGUCACCGAGCUGGGGUCUCUUCCAUGUUUAUGCUGGAGGUGGCUAUGUUGCAAAUUUAGGAUACACAAACGACACUGCCAGAGCAGUUAUUUCCAAUUUGCACAAAUUCGGUUGGAUCGACCGCGAAACCCGCGCAAUCUUGCUUCAAUUCAGUAUUUAUAAUCCCAACACAGGCUACCUCAGUAUUGCAACGUACCAUUUUGAGAUCUUGCCGACUGGUUAUGGCAAUCCUUUCCCGACGAUCGACACGUUGCUGCUUACAAGCACUCAAACUGGUUUUUACCAGUUUUACCUCAUUUGUCAGUUGCUGUUUAUCAUCAUGGUAUUUCUCUUUGUUCUGAAAGAGGUCUACAAUAUCUAUCGAAAGAGAUGCGCCUAUUUUCGAGACGUCUGGAACUGGGUUGAAAUUUUACAAAUAAUUUUUUCCUUUCUAGUGGUGGUCUUCUAUGUCAUAAAAUCGAAAAUGGUUCUCAACAGCGCUAUAAAGGUGAAAGAAAACCCAUUUGUUUCUGUGAGCUUUGGAGAGGCCAUCUCUUGGCACCACGCAGAGACUGCUGUUUUAGCCAUAGCAGUUUUCAUUGUAACUGUGAAGCUACUGCGCAUGAUCCGUUUCAACCCUCAUAUCAGUAUAAUGAUGUCAUCAUUUCGUGCGUCUAGAAGUUUACUUUUCUCCUAUUCGAUUAUUUUUAUCAUCAUUUUCCUAUCGUACGCUCAGUUUGGUUUACUGGCGUUUGGUAGUGACAUUCAACGCUAUUCCACAUUUCAGCGUAUGCUGUACUCAGAGUUUCUCAUGUGUCUUGGCGGGAAAAUGGGUUUGGUCGAAUUGAAAAGAGCAAACCGCGUUCUUGGGCCUCUGUUUGGGUUUUCGUUUAAUAUGCUGAUGGCCUUUAUAUUUCUUAACUUUUUUGUCGCAAUUUUGAAUGAUUCUUACGAGGACGUAAAAGACAACACAGACAAACAAUCAAAGGAAUUUGAGAUGGCCGAUUUUAUUCUCGAUAGACUAACUGAACUUCUGGGAUUCAAAAACAGAAGCCAACGUGAAAGAAAUGAUAAUGUAAGUGACAUUCAUUCGGGUGAAGCCAGUGGUGAAGAUCCGGAUUUGCUUGAACAGAGAGGAUCUAACACAAGGGACAAAGUUAGCUUUCCAACUUUAGCGAUCUAUUCUAACAGACUUCGCCGUAUAGCAAGACGAAGACAACUACAAAACUCAAAAUUACGGCGGAAAAACAAAACCGAAAGGAACACGCAGAAAGUUGGGUUUGACGAGGAGAAACUUGCUGGCGCAGAAUCGUCUAAUGAAAAUCUCCAAAAAGAGAACUUGGUCGUACCAAGUAUGGUUGAUUUAUACUUUUUAGUCCAAGAGCAAGCGUUUGACAGAAUAGAAGACUUGACUAGAAAAAUUGUAACGGACGACGUACGUCAAGAUGUUGAACUUCUGUCGUUGAUUCGGUUUUUACAGCGCAGAAAAGACAGCCAGGCUUUAGAUCUUAGUCCAGAAACAAGUUUCACCUUGGACGAUUCAGAAACAAUUUCCACCUUGGACGAAAUCGAAAUAGCUUCUUCCAUGUCAGCCUCCCCAUGCUUAUCAAUUAGACUCAUCGACUUGGAGAGAAGCAGUGUUGAACUGGGAGAUUAUUCUGACAGUGAAACACCCAAACCUCUUCGAAGUAGGACAUCAUCGCAUCCGUUACCGCCGCACUUAAGAGGGAAAGAGCUUCGGGAACAGCUUCGGUCAACUUUAACAAGGAAAAAGACUCAAUCUGCUAAACGACCGGCUCCUGACCAACCUCUCUUCAAGUACUACUCGUUCUUAUAAUUUCAUAGCGACAUAUUCUUGGACAACACGUGACAUCUUAUCAGAAGUGACACACGCUAGCUUCUAUAGCUAUGGAGUCGUCUAGUACCCACGGUCUGUGGGUUCCUCAGACAAAGUCCAGCUGUGGCCCUGGGACGAGAUUGUCGAUUGAGCUUGUCGUCACCAGGAUACCUCACU